AUGUCUACAACCAAUAAGCAGACAAUAACAUCCGGUUCGGUCCACGGUGCUGGACCAACCGACAGCCAUGUGCUGGCUCAAGUGGAACAGGAUGAAAAAGGCCUCUCGCAGAAAGCUGGCGAUACACCGGAAAUUACCAAUCUUGGAUGGGAUGAAUCUCCAGAUUUUAUCGAGGACUCUCUAGUGGCUGGACUAUCAAAUGAGGAUUUAUGGAUGCUCAUUAGACGAUUUGACAAGCAAGUCUAUCGAGUCCAAGCAGUACCCGAUGCCCCCGUGCAGAGACUAGAUCUUACGCGAAAAGACGACGAUGAAUUCUCGCCAGAUAAACUCAGAGCUACACUGGAACGUUUUUAUACAACGAUUAUCGUUGGUUUGACCAAUUGUAUCAAGCAUAUUGCUCGAUUAAGGUCUUGGAAGGAGCCGCGACGAACCGCUGCCUUCUGCACGGUUUACCUCUUAUCAUGGCUCCUCGAUCUACUCGUUCCAACUAUGCUGUUCGCCCUGAUUGCCCUGGUGGCCUACCCACCAUGUCGAUCACUCAUGUUUCCUCCCGCACCAAUUGCUCUUGUCAACAAGGAUACAGGUGGUGUACAAAAGCCAAAGGCGGGGAUUCUUGGAUCUCCUGACAGUAUCACCGGGGCCCCCGAGAAAUUCAAGGGCGAGGCAGCUGAGCAAGAGGCCAGCAAUCUUGUUGCAAGCGUUGCUAGUGUGGCCGUGGGAAGCGCAGUCGGGAAGCAUGAUCAGGGAGUCCCUGAUGAUGCACCCCUCGAAGACGAUGUGCCAGAUGCGAUGGAAAUUGUUUCCAAUACUGCUGAUGCGCAAACCACCGCCCAUGGAAAAGUGCCGACAGACUCCCAUGACAAAACACGACAGCCUAUGAAGCAGAGCGUGAUGGAUGCUGCGAAUGUUUCAAUGAAGGUGAUAGGCGACAUCACAGAUACCUAUGAGAAGCUGGGCAAUGCUCUAUCCCCAACGACCCCGUUUCCCCAGCUGACUCCCCGUCUCCGCCUAGUAGCUGUGCUGGGCCCAGCAUUACUGGCCUCGACACUGACGUCCUGCUACGUUUUCAUGAAGCUCAGUACACUUUUGAUCGGGCUCGCCUUCUUUGGAGACCCUGUCACCAGACGCGGGAUUAUAUAUAUGAACCGCCGUUUCCCGGGGUGGCAGACGCUCAUUGAGUUGCAAAAUUCCCUUCUGAAAGGUAUUCCAACAAAUGCUCAACUGGCCCUUACUCUUCUCCGCAUCGGGGAGGCUAAUGCGUCACCACUUCCACCCCCUCCAACCUCACAAGACAAAGUGCCCUCGCGGCCAGCUUCUUUACACGAGGAAGAACUGACCAUAGGUGCUACUGACGAGGAAAUUAAACAAGCUGCACUGGUCAAGCCUGACGACCAUAUCCAGGAGGCCCAAGAUUCGCCAGAGAAAGGCCACAAAAGGACAUUGGGGUCCAGUAUUCUGGGCUUCUUUCGAGGAACCACGGCAAGUGGUGUCGAGAGCAAAAGAGGGGUCGAUCGGUUGCGAGCAGCAAUUGGUUCACACCGUGCCAAGAACCGUGUCGGUGUCCUGCGCGAUAGAGGGAAGAGGAUAGCACCAAAUGGGCCUGUCGCAUUUGACGCUCGAUGCAAAGGCAAGCGCGGUACUGUAAUUAUUGACUCAACUAAGGAACCUCCACUGCUGUAUUUCACGACCGAUACGCCGCGGAAGGGAGAUGCACAGUUGGAGGAUCGCAAGGCUGGAUCGGUCUUGUUCACUAUGCCGGUGACUGACAUCCAGGAGAUGCGAAAGUUAGGUGGUAUGGGGUGGAAAGGGAAAUUGGUUGUAGGUUGGGCUCUUGGUGGUAAGGAGGUGGUAGAUGGCUUGCUCAUCACUGGCAAGAAGCCGGAGCAGUCGUAUCAACUUACUGCCAUGGGGACAAGGAACCAAUUGUUUAACCGGCUCAUUGCCAUUGACGGACAGGUUUGGGCGAGCUGUUGA